GACUUACAAUAUGUACAAACUUAUUUGCUUGUUGGUAGUCGGACUAUUUGCCGGGGCGUUGUGUACUCCCUCUACUUAUGAUACUGAGCAUAAGUGGAUCACUGGAAAUCUGUCAUAUCCCUUGACUAGCAGCGUCAUAGUUGGAGGAUUUGAUCCUUAUGGCUACUACACUUACAUAGGCCGAGUCACUUAUGGCAACAACAUUUUGCCCGCCCGUGUUGUGGCUGAGACGGGCUUGGCCUAUUUCAAUACAGACAAAGUGAGCUACAAGCUUGUCGCCUAUCAGCUCUUGACUACUCAGCCCACUUUAGACUACGAGUGGGUACGCAGCUUUGAUGGCAACUACGAAAAAGGCGCCGUUUCUGUGGGCACUACCCAUUGGAAUGAACGUGUCUUCAUUUGCCGCGCCAAAGCCGAUGGCGGCUUGCUAAUAGGUACUCUGUUCCUAUCACUCAAGAACUGCAUUAUCAAGAGCGAGGACUUGCCCCUCCGUCAAUUCGACAAAUACGAGAUCCUCGUGGCCAAGCCAAAGACCAACUAAUCUAAUCAACCUGAAUAAACUUUAUAUACGUAACUAUAUG